GCUCCCAUCCCUCUCUCCUCUCCUCUCCUCUUGAGCCCUCCCCCCUCACUCAACCCUGGGGGUUAAAGUCUCGUGGAGAUAGAGAUAGAGAGAGAGAGAGAGAGAAGCAAAUAAUAUAUAAUAAUAAUAAUAAUCAAUGAUAAAAAGAAAGAAAAGUUUAUUCGAAAGGGAAAGGCAAAGGGGAAAGUGAAAGACACUGUUUUUUUUUUUUUUGUAUAAUUUUAUUUUUCUCGAAGUUUUUCGAGUAAAAAUUCGGUCUUGCCUUUUGGGUUGUGUGUUGGCAGUGCCCUUUUGAUGUAGCAGCUCAACGUUUCUGAGAUCGAGCAUUUUGAUCUGUUGGGUCGGUUUUCAGCUCAAUGUGAAGUGGGGUGGGUAGGAAUGGAAACUUUUCUCGGAUGUGGCCUUCUCUUUUGGAUCUGAGGGAAAUUUUGGUUCGGCAAGGUCAAGGUCUGUCGAUGGCGAGAAGGAAGGUUCUUCGAGAUUUUUGGCUCCUGCUGAUCUUCAUUCUCCGCUCAUUAUGUCUCCUACGAGCUAACAUGGAAGGUGAUGCUUUGCAUAGCCUGAGAACUAACUUACAAGAUCCCAAUAAUGUCCUGCAAAGUUGGGAUCCUACCCUUGUCAACCCUUGUACGUGGUUUCACGUGACGUGCAACAAUGAUAAUAGUGUCAUAAGAGUGGACCUCGGAAAUGCAGCUUUGUCUGGUCAACUGGUCCCACAGCUUGGCUUACUAAAGAAUUUACAAUACUUGGAGCUCUACAGCAACAAUUUAAGUGGACCUAUUCCUAUUGAUCUCGGAAAUCUAACCAGUUUGGUGAGCUUGGAUCUUUACUUGAACAACUUUACUGGUCCCAUUCCAGAUACACUUGGGAAGCUGUCAAAGCUGCGAUUUCUGCGGCUUAACAAUAACAGCUUGACUGGUCCAAUUCCCAUGUCAUUGACUAAUAUCUCAUCUCUACAAGUGCUGGAUCUGUCAAACAAUCGACUCUCAGGAGAAGUUCCUGACAAUGGCUCUUUCUCCUUGUUCACUCCUAUCAGUUUUGCCAACAAUUUGAAUUUAUGUGGGCCUGUGACUGGGCGGCCUUGCCCAGGAUCGCCUCCAUUUUCUCCUCCUCCUCCAUUUGUUCCUCCACCACCAGUUUCUUCCCCAGGAGGCAGUAGUGCAACAGGAGCAAUUGCUGGAGGAGUUGCAGCUGGUGCUGCCUUACUUUUUGCUGCUCCUGCAAUCGCAUUUGCUUGGUGGCGCCGCAGGAAGCCCCAAGAAUAUUUUUUCGAUGUGCCAGCCGAAGAGGACCCAGAAGUUCACUUGGGCCAGCUGAAACGAUUCUCUCUCCGAGAACUACAGGUUGCAACCGAUAGCUUUAGUAACAAGAACAUUCUUGGCAGAGGUGGAUUUGGGAAGGUUUACAAGGGACGUCUAGCAGAUGGCUCUCUUGUGGCAGUGAAGCGACUAAAAGAGGAGCGUACGCCAGGCGGCGAAUUGCAGUUUCAGACUGAAGUUGAGAUGAUUAGCAUGGCCGUCCAUCGGAAUCUCUUGCGAUUACGUGGGUUUUGCAUGACUCCUACUGAGAGAUUGCUUGUUUACCCUUACAUGGCUAAUGGAAGUGUUGCAUCAUGUUUGAGAGAACGGCCCCCAUCACAGCCACCGCUUGAUUGGCCCACUAGGAAGCACAUUGCCCUGGGAUCUGCAAGGGGUCUUUCUUACUUGCAUGAUCACUGUGACCCCAAAAUUAUCCACCGUGAUGUGAAAGCCGCUAAUAUCCUUUUAGACGAGGAGUUUGAGGCUGUUGUUGGUGACUUUGGGUUGGCGAAACUUAUGGACUACAAGGAUACUCAUGUGACAACUGCGGUUCGAGGAACAAUUGGACACAUAGCUCCUGAGUAUCUCUCUACUGGUAAAUCGUCGGAGAAAACUGACGUUUUUGGUUAUGGCAUUAUGCUUCUAGAGCUAAUUACAGGGCAGAGGGCUUUCGAUCUUGCUCGGCUCGCUAACGAUGAUGAUGUCAUGCUGCUCGACUGGGUCAAAGGGCUCCUCAAGGAGAAAAAGCUAGAGAUGCUGGUCGACCCUGAUCUCCAAAAGAAUUACAUCGAAUCUGAGGUGGAGCAAUUAAUCCAAGUUGCAUUGCUAUGCACUCAAGGGUCUCCUAUGGACCGACCAAAGAUGUCAGAAGUCGUGAGGAUGCUUGAAGGAGAUGGCUUAGCUGAGAGGUGGGACGAAUGGCAAAAGGUCGAAGUUCUUCGUCAAGAGGUUGAAUUAGCCCCUCAUCCGAGUUCCGACUGGAUUGUUGACUCAACAGAUAACCUACAUGCGGUCGAGUUAUCGGGUCCAAGAUGAUGCCCUGGUAAAGGAAAGAAUCAUUUUAGUAGUCAUUUUCCUUCUCUCUCUCUCUCUCUCUCUUCUUUUUAAUGGUGAUUUUUUUUCUUUCAUUUCUUACCCCCGAAUAGCACCGUCCUGAUUUAUCAUCUGUAAGCCUGUGAUGUGCAUUGUAAUUCAUAUUGUGCAUAUGAGUUAGUAAGCUUGCUGAGGUGAAAUUGAUCAUCUUCUGUUUCGGAGUUAUAAUGGAGCAUUAACACAAUUUAGCAAGUUGGUCCCAAUUCAUGGAUCGAGGCAUCUGGAAAAGAGGAAUAGGUUGGGAGUUUGCCAGUGGCUACAACAUUUUGCAAACAACUCUCUUCACUAAUAAUAAUGAAAAGAAAAGGAUCAAUCUGGGCCGCUCUCUGGCUGGCUGGCUGUCCGUUUGCCUGUGCGCCUGCCUGCCUGUGCCUGUGCCUGUCAUCAGAGUAUUCAAUGCCGUUUGCUCAGGUGCUUACUGUACUGUACUGAUGAUAUUAGUAAUCAAUGAGAUUAUGGGUGAUUGGUUCGGA